CCCGCAUCGGCUUCAGGAGCAGAUGGUCCAACAAACACAAUUGGCAAAUACCGUAUAAGUGUUGCGUCCGUAGAAGAGGUCACUCUCUUGUCCUGUACUCGAUACGAGAUACGAGGAGAACAAUUGAGGAAUACAUCUGUACUACGCAGCUGCCCUAGUCACAGUUGCAGAUCAUCUUUCUCCCCGUACACGUACACGUAACACGCAACCGCCCUCCCGCCUCUUCACGUCGCCAACCCCGACGCUUCCACUCCUUACACGAUCCCCAGCCAGCCCCGCAGCCAACAUCCCUCCACCGCCAUGGUUGUCGCAUACCCCCCGCUCGAGGACCGGCCCCUCAAGAACACCAUCUGCCUCUUCGACGUCGAUGGCACCCUCACGCCCGCACGCCGCGGCGUCUCGGCCGAGAUGCUGAACCUGCUCGCUCGCCUGCGCCAGAAGUGCGCCAUCGGCUUCGUGGGCGGCAGCGACCUGGUCAAGCAGCAGGAGCAGCUGGGCACCCCGGACGUCGCUGUCACCACCCUGUUCGACUUCUGCUUCGCCGAGAACGGCCUGACCGCCUUCAAGAACGGCGAGCAGCUGCCCUCCAACAGCUUCAUCCGCUGGCUGGGCGAGGCCCAGUACAAGGAGCUCGUCAGCUUCUGCCUGCACUACGUCGCCGACCUCGACAUCCCCGUCAAGCGCGGCACCUUUGUCGAGUUCCGCAACGGCAUGGUCAACAUCAGCCCCAUCGGCCGUAACGCCAGCGUCCAGGAGCGCAACGACUACGAGAAGUACGACAAGGAGCACCACGUGCGCGAGAAGUUUGUCGAGAAGCUGCGCGAGCGCUUCGGCCACCUUGGCCUGACCUUCUCCAUCGGCGGCCAGAUCUCCUUCGACGUCUUCCCCACCGGCUGGGACAAGACCUACUGCCUGCAACACCUCGAGAACGAGGCCAAGAAGACGGGAGGCAUACCAUACACAACGGUCCACUUCUUCGGCGACAAGACCUUCAAGGGCGGCAACGACUACGAGAUUUACGAGGACCCCAGGACGGUCGGGCACUCGGUGAACGGUCCCGAGCAGACGAUGGAGGAGCUGAAGAAGCUCUUCGAUCUGGAGUAGCAGGGCCUUGGACCCCACGUCGGUGCUGAGUUGUGUCUGGCGGGGAUACUGCCGGGCUGGCGCGUCAAGCCCCGUCUGGCUUGUAGUGGUAAAUCGGCUUACUGUGAUACCAAAUAGACAACCAUGCCAUUGUCUACUUGCCCUUUGGCAAUCAUACCCACUGCAAUUAUAUUUCCACGCCACAUUUCGAGAA